CGGCCGCGGCGGCCACCACCACCACCACAGCUCGCCCUCACGGAGGAAAGGAUGGCGCUAAAACGCAUCAACAAGGAACUUAGUGACUUGGCCCGUGACCCACCAGCACAAUGUUCUGCAGGCCCAGUUGGAGAUGACAUGUUUCAUUGGCAAGCCACAAUUAUGGGGCCUAACGACAGUCCAUAUCAAGGCGGUGUUUUCUUCCUGACAAUUCACUUUCCUACAGACUACCCUUUCAAACCACCUAAGGUUGCAUUUACAACAAGAAUUUAUCAUCCAAAUAUUAACAGUAAUGGCAGCAUUUGUCUCGACAUUCUAAGGUCACAGUGGUCUCCUGCUCUAACUAUUUCUAAAGUUCUCUUAUCCAUUUGUUCACUGCUAUGUGACCCCAAUCCAGAUGAUCCCCUAGUGCCCGAGAUUGCACGUAUCUAUAAAACAGACAGAGACAAGUACAACAGAAUAUCUCGGGAAUGGACUCAGAAGUAUGCCAUGUGAUGCUACCUUAAAAGUCAGAAUAACCUGCAUUAUAGCUGGAAUAAACUUUAAAUUACUGUUCCUUUUUGAUUUUCUUAUCCGGCUGCUCCCCUAUCAGACCUCAUCUUUUUUUUUUUUUUUUUUUUAUUUACCUCUCUCCAUUCAUGCACAUGCUCAUCUGAGAAGACUUUAGCUCUUCCAGCUUUGGACAAUAACUGCUUUUUAGAACCUGUAAAGUAGUUAUACAAGAACAGUUGCCCAAGAUUCAGAAUUCUUUAAAUGGAGCAUGUGUGUUGUGGCCAAUGUCUUCACUCUAACUCGGUUAUGAGAUUGAAAUCAUUUCCUCACUGCUCUAACAGUUCUACUGAAGAUGUCACCCAAAGGGAGGGGAGAUGGAUGUUCAGAUUGCUCACAUCACAGGAAAUAACAUUGCAGUAGCAUCAUCCAUCUUGUUUAAAACCUUCCAGUGUUAGAGACUGAGGGUUUCAUGACAUAACUUGCACUCAUAACUGGUGUGGCUGGAGAAUUGGUACAGAACCUUGUAGCAUCAGCAGAACAGAACACGUGAUGUAUCUUAUGCAUGUCAAUAAAGGAAUGACCAGUUCUUGUUCUACAGAGAAUGGAAUUUGGAAAUCCAACAUCCCUUGUAUUCCAAAAUAGGGUCUCAGAACAUUUUUGUAACUCAUUUAAAUUUUGUUAGGAUGCUUGGAGCUAUUAGUUAAUCUAUCUUCCACAACAGUUUAAUAUAGCACUGAAUAAAUGAUGCAAGUUGUCAAUGGAUGAGUGAUCAACUAAUAGCUCUCCUAGUAAUUGAUUUUAUUUUCUUCAAUAAAGUUACAUAAACCAA